AUGUCGAAGCGGAGUUGGCAAGAGGCCAAUCUCACCUCUCCCAGAGCACUACCCGCAUCAAAGCAGUCUGGUUCGUCGAGCUCGCCGCAUUCCUACCACUCUCCAACUCAACAGACAUCACCUAAGAAAAGUCGUCAAUCAUUUGACGAACCUCAACCUAUUGCUAAAGCUCCACCGAAGCCUCAGCGGACCAACUCAACCACAAAUGGAACACCCACAGAGGCGACCAAGCUUCCGGGGAUUUCGAGGAAGGUCAAAGCAUGCGCCGCUUGUCGCAAACAAAAGAUCAAAUGUAUCAUGGUGGGGGACCCACCUUGUCAACGAUGCAAGGAGCGUGGACUGUCAUGUCGACUGAACAAGAGUUUGCAAACACUCAUGUCCGAAGAUUCGAAAUGGAAAGCUGCCGUUACCAGGGACGUUACAUCUCUAUACGCUACGGUGGAAGAGAUUGUUCGAACUUUGCAAUUGCCGUCACUACCACAGAUGCUCACAUCGACUCAAGACCCGGCCAUAUUCUUUGAUCAGGAAGAUGAUAAAGACGAAGACGAAGACCAAUCACUGGACAAUUCACCAAAGGUGACCCCAGUGGCUGACAACCUGUCGCACGUUCCUAUUGAAUCUCUGUAUCAGAUUACAGGGAUGCGUUCACUGCGUGCCAGCGAAAACAUCACGGAGGACCAAACGAGGAUAUGUAAGCAGCUGCGUGAUACCGACUUUAUUGCCAGAGGCAUCAUGAAACAAGAGGACGCCGACCAUCUUGUAAAUUACUAUCUCAGCAAACUGGACCCCUAUAUUUGGCACAUCUGUCCGGAUUAUACAGAUCUUGAAUCGUUCCGUCGAAGAUCGCCCACCUUGACGGCAUGUGUCUUGACCGUGGCGGCUCUCCAUGAUUCCAAACUUGGCCACUUAUAUCCCAUCUGCAGCAAAGAGUAUCGAAGACUAGUCGCAAAUGCCAUGUUCGAAAGAAAAAUUGACAUGGAAUAUCUACGAGCGCUGGUGUUAGGAUCCUACUGGCUAAGCGACAUUUCCUGGACUCUUUCUGGAUAUGCCAUCAGACGCGCGAGUGAGUUUCACCUGCGACAAUAUUACCAGCAAAUCCAGGAGUCAGUUGAUUCACCAGACAAAGUUUCGCAAACCAAGUUACAAGAGGCCAUUGAUGGGAUUCGAGUGCUAUACCUGCUUUAUAUAUGUGACCACCAUCUCUCCAUUUUAUAUGGUAGAUCAUCAAUCAUGCGAGAUAACGAGAGCUAUAUCACUGGAUGGGAGUCAUACCUUGCGUGUUCACUAUCAACGGAUGCAGACCGCAGGAUUGCGGGCCAGAUCUGUCUGAUGUAUCUAAUGAACCAGAUACGGGAAGCCCUGGGUCCGGAGGACACCAACACGAUCCUGCCAGCAUCUGCAUUGACAAAGAUUGCUGGGUUUGAACGAGACCUAGAUGACUGGAUUGCAAGAUUUUCUAGACACAAUCCAAGCCAACUGGUGGGCAAUUGGCCUAACAAAGGUGCAAUUAUGCACUAUCAUUGGGCGAAGCUGUACCUUCAAUCAUAUGUUCUUCGUGGUCUUCCGGAAACAGGCGCCGUGAUUCCUGAGCACUUCCUAGAGAAUGCAUCAGCAGCAGUAGCAGCCGCGACUGCCAUCAUCAAUCUUCUACUCGAGGAUAAAGACGCUCAAAUUGCCAUUGCUUAUGUUCCACAUCACGUUCAUGGUAUGAUCGCCUUUGCGUGUAUGUUUCUUUUAAAGAUUGCAACCAAAUACAGCGAGCAAUUGUUCCUUGACACGGUUCGAUUCCAGCGGUUGAUCAAUGCAUUGGCACAGCAUUUCAAAUCCACAGAUGUCGGAAAGGAUCAUCUAAUUCAUCGCAUGGCGGAUGGACUGGAGAAGAUGGCUGAGAGUCUAGGAGGUCCCACGCGGACGAAGAAUCGACGGGUCAAUGGAGCAAGACCGAGUCAGCCUCUUCCAUCCCCAAGUCAACCUGUACCUAUUGUGACCCCAGGGAGAUCAUCUAACGGUACGACGGAUAUCCCAGACUAUGGUUCUCUUGAUCCUACAGCAUUUGACUUUGGGGAUCCUGCACUGGGAUUGGGGAUGCCCUUCUUUGAUUUUGAGGGGACCACACUGGGAGCGGGAGAUACUAUGUGGAAUUUUAAUUAG